AUCAGCCUGGUCCAACAGCUGACUGGGGUGGCAGCCAGCUGCAAGUGCCUAAGAACUUGGCACUGCCCACUUUCAUCUAAAGGGGCACAUCUCCCUUCUGGGUGGCACAUAUUCAGUUAAAGGUCCAAAAGAACUUCAUUAUCAAGAUGUCUGAUGAUAUCAAUUGGUUACACAGCUGCAGAGGUAUGUGCAAGGUAGAUCUCUACAGCCCAAAAGGACAACAAGAUCAGGACCGAAAAGUGAUAUGCUUUGUGGAUGUGUCCACCCUGAAUGUGGAAGAUAAAGAUUCCAAGGGUGCUUCUGGUUCCAGAACAGAAGGUGAAUUAAAUCUGGAGAAUCUGGAAGAAAGAGAGAUUAUCGUGAUCAAGGACACUGAAAACCAAGAACAUUUUAAGAUGGAGGUAUCUGUGUGCCUUUUCAAACAAGCCCCCUCAGAUCCCAUAAGUGUCCUCAAUUGGCUCCUCAAUGAUCUCCAGAAGUAUGCCUUGGGUUUCCAACAUGCAUUAAGCCCCUCGGCCUCUAGUUGUAAAUAUAAAGUAGGAGACAUAGAGGGUGAAUAUCACAAAAUACCCUCUGAGAAAUGCUUCAGUGCGUACACUGAUCAGCUAAACAUGGAUUAUAUGAACAAAAGACCUCAAAGCCUACAUCUAGAAAUGACGGCAGCCAAAAACACCAAUAACCGAAGUCCCUCAAAUCCUGCAGCCAAAUCUCCUAGAAAUCAGAGGUCAGUUGUCACCCCUGAUGGAGAAUGCUCUAUGGACAACCUUUCCUUUUAUGUCAACCGGCUGUACUCUCUGGUAAUGCAAAUGGCCCGUGAAGAAAUCAAGGGGAAAUUGGAAGGUGGAAGCAAAUGCCUCCAUCAUUCAAUGUCUGCAUCCAAUGGAGACAAAGGGAAAAACAGCCCUCACAGUGCUGUCAGAAAGACUGCUUCUGAGAUGGCUCAUGAAGCUGUAGAAUUGACCUCAGCAGAAAUGCAUGGAACUGGGGAAGAAUGCAGGGAUGGUGGCCAGAAAACCUUUCUGUACAGUGAAUUAUCUAACAAAAACAAGUGUGGAGAGAAGCAGAUGUGCCCAAAAGAUAGCAAAGAAUUUGCAGAUUCCAUCAGCAAGGGGCUUAUGGUUUAUGCAAAUCAAGUGACAUCUGACAUAAUGAUCCCUGUUAUGAAAACUUUGAAAGUGCAGAGCUGUGGGAAGCCGAUUCUGCCUUGUGUGGUCCUGAAGAGGGUAUUAUUAAAGCACACCAAGGAAAUUGUGUCUGAUCUGAUUGAUUCCUGCAUGAAGAACCUGCAUAACAUAACUGGGGUCCUGAUGACAGACUCAGACUUUGUUUCUGCUGUCAAGAGGAAUCUGUUCAAUCACGGAAAACAAAAGGCAGCAGACAUCAUGGAGGCCAUGCUGAAGCAUCUGGUCAGUGCCCUUCUUGGUGAGAAGAAGGAGACUAAAUCUCAGAGUCUGGCAUAUGCAACUUUGAAAACUGGAACCCAUGAUCUGAAAUCCAAGAAUCAGAGCCUUGAAUUCUCUGCUAUGAAAGCUGAUAUGAAAGGGAAGGAUAAAUGCAAAGUGAAAACAGACCCAUGCUGUAAGUCAUUGACAAGUGCCGAGAAAGUCAGUGAACACAUCCUUAAAGAGAGCCUCACUAUGUGGAACCAGAAGCAAGGAAACCAAGGCAGGAUGAUUAACAAAGUAUGUGCCAGUAAAGAUGACAAGAGAGAAAAGAUCAGUCCUUCCACAGAUCUGUUGGCCAAGGAUCUGAUUGUAUCUGCCCUUAAGCUUAUUCAGUACCAUCUGACCCAGCAAACCAAGGGCAAAGAUUUAUGUGAAGAUGACUGGCCUGGUUCUUCCAUGGGAUAUAUGUCCCAAAGUACCCAAUAUGAAAAGUGUGGAGGUGGCCAAAGUGCUAAGUCACUCUCAAUGAAGCCUUUUGAAACUCAUGGAGCUCCUGGACCAUCUGCAUGUGUGAAGGAAAACCAACAGCUGGAUUCACAGAAAUUGGAUAUGUCAAACAUGGUUCUGUCAUUGAUUCCGAAACUCCUUAGUGAGAGCCCCUUCAGCUGUGAUGAGCUAUGUGAAAGAGAGAAUAAACGUCAUUUUGAACCCAGAACAAGCAAAGUAGCUCCCAUGUCCAAGAUACCUGAAGAACAAUGCCCAGACAAUCCAGAACUGGACUUCAUCAGUGGGAUGAAGCAAAUGAAUCGCCAAUUUAUAGAUCAACUGGUAGAAUCUGUGAUGAAACUCUGCCUAAUAAUGGCUAAGUACAGCAACAAUGGAGCAGCCCUUGCUGAGCUGAAAGAACAAGCAGCCUUAGCAAGCAAUCCCAAUUUCAGUGGCUCCAGAUGUGGCCCUAAAGGUGCAAUGUCACAGAACUAUCAAGAUUCUCCUGUCCCUGAAGUUAUCGUUAACAAUCAAUGCUCUACAAGUAACUUGCAGAAGCAGCUGCAGGCUGUCCUUCAGUGGAUUGCAGCCUCUCAGUUUAACGUGCCCAUGCUCUACUUCAUGGGAGAUGAUGAUGGACAACUAGAGAAGCUCCCUGAAGUUUCAGCCAAGACAGCAGAGAAGGGGUACAGUGUAGGAGCUCUUCUUCAGGAGGUCAUGAAGUUUGCCAAGGAACGACAACUGGAUGAAGCCGUGGGUAACAUGGCUAGAAAGCAACUGCUAGACUGGCUUCUCACUAACUUGUAAGCUGAGAGCUCCUUUGACUCCCCUCCAUCUUCCUCUCCCCAGCAGCAUUCCAUCCCAGCUGAAGCCACCCCCACCAUCAGGCUGGUGAACUGCACAAUAUGUAAUCACAUUUACCAAUACAUCUGAGCAGUUGCACUGUGAAAAUGCCAGGUGCCCUUGCUGGGCAGGACAUGAAUAAAAAAA